AUGUAUAUAAAGAUGGCCACGUUAGCAAACGGACAACCAGACAAUACCAGCCUGAGUAGCAAUCACAGCAACCCCAGCACCAACGGGCAUAUGAACGGAUUAAACCAUAGUCCCGGAAACCCAUCCACCAUCCCAAUGAAGGACCACGAUGCCAUUAAGCUCUUUAUUGGGCAGAUCCCUCGUAACCUGGACGAGAAAGACCUCAAACCGCUCUUCGAGGAGUUCGGGAAGAUCUAUGAACUGACGGUGCUGAAGGACAGGUUCACUGGCAUGCACAAAGGCUGUGCCUUCCUAACGUACUGUGAAAGGGAGUCUGCUCUAAAGGCCCAGAGUGCACUGCAUGAACAGAAGACGCUGCCAGGGAUGAACAGACCAAUCCAGGUGAAACCAGCGGACAGCGAAAGCCGAGGAGGAAGUAGCUGUAUUAAGAGACCACCAAAAGAUAGAAAACUCUUUGUGGGCAUGCUCAAUAAGCAGCAGUCAGAAGAUGAUGUGCGCAGGCUGUUUGAGGCGUUUGGCAACAUCGAGGAGUGCACAAUCCUUCGGGGACCCGAUGGCAAUAGCAAAGGAUGUGCUUUUGUGAAAUACUCUUCACAUGCGGAGGCCCAAGCAGCCAUCAAUGCCUUGCAUGGUAGCCAGACAAUGCCGGGAGCCUCUUCAAGCUUGGUGGUGAAGUUUGCAGAUACAGACAAGGAGCGUACAAUGAGACGCAUGCAGCAAAUGGCAGGACAAAUGGGCAUGUUCAACCCCAUGGCCAUCCAGUUCGGAGCAUAUGGUGCUUAUGCACAGGCACUGAUGCAGCAGCAAGCCGCGAUCAUGGCAUCGGUGGCACAGGGGGGCUACCUGAACCCCAUGGCAGCCUUUGCCGCAGCCCAAAUGCAGCAGAUGGCAGCACUGAACAUGAACGGCCUGGCAGCCGCCCCCAUGACACCAACCUCAGGUGGAAGCACGCCUCCUGGCAUAACUGCACCAGCUGUGCCUAGCAUCCCGUCUCCAAUUGGGGUGAAUGGUUUCACUGGCCUCCCGCCACAGGCUAACGGGCAGCCUGCUGCAGAAGCCGUGUUUGCUAAUGGCAUCCACCCUUACCCAGCACAGAGCCCCACUGCAGCAGACCCCUUGCAGCAAGCCUAUGCUGGAGUGCAGCAGUACGCAGGUCCUGCAUAUCCUGCUGCUUAUGGCCAGAUUAGCCAAGCGUUCCCACAGCCACCUCCCAUGAUCCCACAGCAACAGAGAGAAGGACCAGAGGGCUGUAACCUGUUUAUCUACCAUCUGCCCCAGGAGUUUGGGGAUGCUGAGCUGAUGCAGAUGUUCCUGCCUUUCGGUAAUGUCAUCUCCUCGAAAGUGUUUGUGGAUCGGGCGACAAACCAAAGUAAAUGCUUUGGUUUUGUGAGUUUUGACAAUCCUGCCAGUGCUCAAGCUGCUAUCCAGGCUAUGAAUGGCUUUCAGAUUGGCAUGAAGAGGCUGAAGGUGCAGCUGAAGAGGCCAAAGGAUGCCAAUCGCCCCUACUGA